CAGCAUAAUGCGCGCUCUCGCGUUCCCCCGGAUGCGUGUUUACUCAGUCUCCUCUCUCCACCCUUGAAAUGAGAGAGGUACGGAGUGGAAGAGACAUCGUUUUACAAGAAAACCUCCACGAACGGGCUGCCGAGAUCGAGACCGCACGACAGACGAGGGUGAAGCACGAAGAGUCAAGGUGUAGCACGAGGAUAAAUUGAUUCGAAAUCAAGGUCAAUUAUCUCUCUAUAACAAAAACUUCCGACACGGAGAAAUCACGAACCUCUGAGGAUGGAGCAGGCAUACGGGGCUGGCAAGGCUGGCGGCACCUUCGAUCCAAUUACGUUCUUUCAGCAACCGCAGACUAUUCUUCGAAUAGUGUCAUGGAUCUUUUCCAUCGUGAUCUUUGGAUGCAUUGCUAACGAGGGCUAUGUGAACCGUCCAAAUGAGGUAGAGGAAUUUUGCAUCUUUAACCGCAACCAGAACGCCUGUAACUAUGCCGUUGGGAUGGGAUCCCUGGCCUUCCUCUGCUGUGCUGCAUUUAUGGCACUGGACAUCUACUUUCCUCAGAUAAGCAGCGUCAAAGACCGCAAGAAGGCUGUGUUAGCUGAUAUUGGAGUUUCAGCCUUCUGGUCUUUCGUGUGGUUUGUGGGAUUCUGUUUCCUGGCCAAUCAGUGGCAGGUGGCUAAACCAGAGGACAACCCCCUCAAAGAGGGCGGAGACGCAGCCAGAGCAGCCAUCACCUUCGCCUUCUUCUCCAUAUUUACAUGGGCUGGCCAAGCUUUCCUUGGAUUCCAGAAGUACAAAUUAGGCGCAAGCUCAUCUCUCUUCUCUCAGGACUACACUGAUCCCAGCCAGGAUCCCGCAGGUGCGCCCACUGCUGGCACGGAGUACACUGGAUACACCCCCGACAUGGAGGCUAAUUAUGAUGGCUCUGGUGGAUACCAGAGCCAAGACUACUAAGGUCAAGUAUAAGGUUGUACACAACAGCCUUAACUAGCUAGGCUGAUGGGGUUGGGGAAACAAAAUAUGGGGUGAAAAGGACAAACAUGAACUUUGGGCACUUGGGGUAGAAUAUGGGGACCAAAGCAGACUGAUAGGAAUUCGGGGGUUUGUUUGGUGCUAUAAUAACCACUUGUGGAAUUUAUAGUGGGUUUUGGGCGUUUCAAACACUGAAUGAUAUUUUGCAGAUUGGGGACUGUGGCACAAGAUCUCUCGAAAUGUUUUUGGGGUUUUUUUUAACAGGAAAUUUUGCCUUUGGGGUUAUGGGUUUGGGGGCAAUUGAUUGGCCAUCAGUGUCCUCCUGAGCAAACUCUACAAAGUGUCCAUUAUAGAAUACAGGACUUCACUUUGGUUUAUUACACUUAAUUCCAAUUUGUGAAAACAAAUCUAAACUAAACUGAUAGAAGUUUGUCCCUAAUAGGCAAAGAAGCUAACAAGUUUUGGUCUUACGUGUGACAAAAUCUGACCAAACGAAAUGUUUCUAAAGACCACAGUGUCUUUUUGUUGGUAAAGUGUAGGUGAUACAAUAGAAUAUUACAUUAACCCUUAACCUGUCACUAACACAUUCUCUAUUGAUAGCUCUCUGCUGCCAUUUUGUCAAUGUGGUCUUAAAUGAUCUUUUUUUUUUUUUUUUUUU